AUGCCUUCAACGCCGUCAUCAUCAAUUUUUUAUCGAAAUAUAUGGCGUUUAACAGAGCGAAACAAGAAACGAAAAAAUGAAAGCUUGACGAAUAGUCAUUCAAAUAGUGAUGAAACCAUUAACGAUUAUAGUAGUAUGCCGCAGCAGCACGAACAGCUACAACGAUCCGUGGAAGCGUCAUGUGAAGCUCAAGAUGUCUUGUCAUCCAAAGGAAGCGUUGUCCAUCGUGGAAUGGAUCGAAUACGACGUUCAUUUCGCGAAUCAUUUCGUCGUAGAAUGUCCAAGCAGCAUUUCUCUCGUAGGACUCCAUCUGGGCGACAGUUGUCACCGAAUAGAUCAGCAAAUAAUUCAGGUUCUAAUAAAGCAGAAUUAUGGCAACCGGAUGAAGUUGCUGUUCGGAAUGGUACCUGCAAUUUUAGCGUUAAGUAUCUUGGUGGUAUUGAAGUAUUUGAAUCGCGUGGUAUGCAAAUUUGUGAAGGAGCUCUGAAAUUGUUGAGGGGACAACGACGACGACCAAUUAAAGCAGUUUUGUAUGUUUCUGGUGAUGGUUUACGUGUUGUAGAUCAGGAAAGUAGUCGUGGCUUAAUAGUCGAUCAAACCAUUGAGAAGGUAUCAUUUUGUGCACCUGAUCGAAGUCAUGACAAAGGUUUUGCAUAUAUUUGUCGAGAUGGAACAUCAAGACGAUGGAUGUGUCAUGGUUUUCAUGCAAUAAAAGAAUCCGGCGAACGCUUAAGUCAUGCGGUGGGAUGUGCGUUUGCGAUUUGUUUGGAAAGGAAAAAGAAGCGUGAUGCAGAAGCUGCUGCAGUGGUGCAAGCAGCUGCAGGUUUACCACCUGUUGGUUGCGAGAAGCCAAAUGCCACUGGUUUUACUUUAGAUGAAAUUGCCCAACAAAUACCAUCCAUUCCAAUUAGUUCACUUGAACGAAAUAAUUGUAAUGGUUCUUUUCGUCGAUUAUCAAUAACAGAACGAUUACGUGACCCGCAAACUGCAAUCAUACAACCACCUCCUGCAACGUCAACUCUGUCAACUGCAUUACAUAUUACAUCAAAACCACGGCCUAUCGGAAAUCCACUACUUCUUAUAAGACAGGGAUCACUGCGUACUCCUGCUCCAUGUAUCACUAAUACUCCAUCAUUCCAUCGACAACUUUCACUCCGAUCUUGUCCAGAUCCUUUGAUUAAAAAACAACAACUAUCUGCGACAACUAUAGCAAAGGGUGAGCCAAUUUUUGAAGAUGAUGAAGAUAAAAGUUGGCUUAAUGAUGGUACAUUGAAUGAGGGAAGUACCUUCGAGAAUGCUCCAUACUGUCCAGUGAAAUAUAAUGGAUUUAGGCAAUCGUUAUCGUAUACGGCUGCACCAUACACCACUAUCUAUGAAUUUAAUGGUACUCAGACAUAUAGUUUAGUAAAUUCUCCGCUACAAGUUCAAACCAAUUAUUCAUCAUGUGUUAGUGGACCGGAAUCUUGGUUAAGUAGUUCCAUUUCAACAUGUCCAUCAACGGUAAAAUCAAAAGCUGAUGAAUGGUUGGAGCAAACAUUACGCUCAUCACUGUCACUAAAUUCACCAUGCAGAAAUGCUAGUGAUCUCAUUAAGACAAGCCAUGCGAUGAGUAAUGUUGGGCCACCACCAAAUCAUCCACCUCCACCGCUACCAAGUUCAUCAACCUUCCAGGAUAUAGGUUUGGAAACAGCAAUCCGUUUCAGUAGUGACUUUUCGCAAUACGAAUUACCUACGACAACCGAAGAUUUCUCAUCUUUGGACAAGAAUGCUACAACCAUACCAGCAGAUUCAUCCGAGAUUGAUAUUUUCGGUCAGCCAGUGUUUAGUGCAUUGCUGUCAAACUCUCAAACAACCCAGAAACAAGAUCAAACGAAUGAAAAAUGUACGAAUGAUAAAGAAUCCGAAAAAGCAGACGAAACUGAUCCAUUUGAUGUUAGAUGGUCCCAUUUAGCUGUAAAUGUUGCGACGACAUAUCCGGUACCGGUUCAUUCAACUAAUCCAUUUUAUUCGGAAUCAAGCGCCCGGUUUGUUUGUCGUUAUAAACAAUUUGUUGAUACGACAAUACAAAUAGAAUACAUGAGUCAAGAAUCUCGAACAGGUAAAAAGAAAUCAGUAAGACGACGAUCAGCUACUCGUAGCUUUAGAAAGGAACUUGCUGAUGAGGAUGGCACACAAAUGGAACGUGAUUCUCGUCUAAGUCGUCGCCGGCUUGCUACACUUCGGAAAGGACCGGAAAACCGGGAUAUGAUAGUUCAGAUGAAAGCUUUUUGCACAACUACUGUUGCAACUGGAGUUCAGGGUUUGAUGAAAGAAUUUAAGGAAAUACGAGAAAGCAGUAUACCACCAUCGCAACUGGUUAAAACUGCAUUCGAUAAAAAUCCAGAUAAAAACAGAUACAGGGAUGUAUUCUGUGUUGAUGAAACAAGAGUUGUGCUAAAUUAUCCAUCAAAAACCACAAAUGAUUAUAUUCAUGCAAAUUGGGUUGAUGUAGUUUCUAUGAAACAACGGUUUAUCUGUACUCAGGCACCAAAAGAGAAUACAAUAGAAGAUUUCUGGCGUAUGGUAUGGCAAGAAAGUUGUCGUUCAAUAAUUAUGCUUUGUAAUAUUAUGGAAUGUGGCAAGAAGAAAUGUGAACAGUAUUGGCCAGCUGAAGAAGGCCAAUCUAAAGAAUAUGGAACACUAAAGGUAACAUGUAGUCGUGUGAUACAAGAAGAAAAAAUGCUAACAAUUAGUAAUUUAAUUGUAACUAAUGGAAAUAAAAAAUUAACAUUGGAACAUAUUGCUUGGAAUGAUUGGCCAGAUCGUGGUGUCCCCAAUAAUUUCUUGGCACCAUUUCGACUUUUACAACGAAUCAAAAAUCAAAUACAUGUUGUAAUUCAUUGUUCUGCAGGUAUUGGUCGAACAGGAACAGUUGUUGGUUUAGAUAUAGCAGAUUCAAUGUUCAACGAUGGUAUGAAAGUUACUAUGCGUGACGUAGUUCGAGAAUUACGUCUUCAACGUCACGGAUCCAUACAAACGGAUAUUCAAUACGUUUACAUACAUCGUUGCAUUUUAGCACUUUCGGAAAAUCGAAAACUCAUCAAAAGGGAUGAAAUUUUAAGUUUCUUACGAGAUUUUGAAAUACUUGCACGUGCUCGUGGCGGUUUACCAUCUUCCGCCUAA